GGACACCGGGGCCCGGGAGCCGGGGGGGCGGACGCCAGAUGGAGCACGCCGACUCGGAACCCAGGACCGCCGGGAUGAGGAAAGGACGGGCGGGAACUGCAGCCGGGUCAGGGACUAGGCAGCCAGGCUGCGCCUUAGCGCAGAGAUAGUCCUGGGGUGCCCGACUUCGCUGCUCCGUCUGUGGCUCGUUUUUCUUGAAGCCCGGCCCCGUCGGGCUGUAUCCUUAACCCGGAUCCUCCGUUUACUCGCUUCCCUGCGCGCGCCGCACUCCUCGGCGGGACCCGAGCGCAGCGGAGACUGUUGCCCAGCGCAGAGGCUACAAGCCCGGCCCGGCCCCGAACUUGGGUGCGCACUUCCCGACGCCUCUCGUCCGCGCUUGUGGUCUGUGCGGGAGGUCCCCCAGAGGGCGCUCCGAGCAGGGACUCCGGGCGGGGGCUUCAGGUCCUCCACGCGCCUGAGGCGGGCGCCGUCCGCGGAGAGGGAGCAGGUGCAUGCUGGACCUUAAGGCAAAUCUUGAGUCCCGCCAUCAGUAUCACAGAAGAGGCCUCCUGGACUAAGGGCCAAAUAAGAAGAUGGGACCAUAAGGCAAAAGCCGCGGCGAAGAUGUCUUAAGCGCAGGAGAGUCAGGAUUAGGUUUGUGCUGGAAAUAGGCUCUGGCGUGGAGACACCCACACCUGAGGUCUGGUGAGCGGCUACUCCAUGACACCCCCAACCCUGAACAUCACGGAGGAGGUGCAUGUCAUCGACACCAGUGACAGCUUGUCCAUCUCCUGCAGGGGGCAGCACCCCCUAGAGUGGGCCUGGCCAGGGUCACAAGAGACACUGGCUACAGAGGACAAGGACAGCGAGGACACAGGGGUCGUGAGAGAGUGUGAGGGCACAGACACCAGGCCCUACUGCAAGGUUCUGCUGCUGCACGAGGCACACGCCAACAACACGGGCAGCUACCGCUGCUACUACAAGUACAUCAAGGCCCGCAUCGAGGGCACCACAGCCGCCAGCACCUACGUAUUCGUGAGAGACUUCAAACAGCCGUUCAUCAACAAGCCCGACACACUCCUGGUCAACAGGAAGGACUCCAUGUGGGUGCCCUGCCGGGUGUCCAUCCCCGGCCUCAACAUCACACUUCGUUCGCAAAGCUCAGUACUAUGGCCAGAUGGGCAGGAGGUGGUGUGGGAUGACCGGCAGGGCAUGCGGGUGCCCACACCGUUACUGCGAGAUGCCCUGUACCUGCAAUGUGAGACCACCUGGGGCGGCCAGGACUUCCUUUCCAACCCCUUCAUCGUGCAUAUCACAGGCAACGAGCUCUAUGACAUCCAACUGUUCCCCAAGAAGUCGCUGGAGCUGCUAGUCGGGGAGAAGCUGGUCCUGAAUUGCACUGUAUGGGCUGAGUUCAACUCAGGUGUCACCUUUGACUGGGACUAUCCAGGGAAGCAGGCAGAGCGGGGGAAGUGGGUGCCUGAGCGGCGCUCCCAGCAGACGCACACAGAGCUCUCCAGCAUCCUGACCAUCCUCAACGUCAGCCAGCACGACCUGGGCCCAUACGUGUGUGAGGCCAACAACGGCGUGCAGCGAUUCUGGGAGAGCACCGAGGUGAUCGUGCAUGAAAAGCCCUUCAUCAGCGUUGAGUGGCUCAAGGGACCCAUCCUGGAGGCCACGGCAGGAGAUGAGCUGGUGAAGCUUCCCGUGAAGCUGGCAGCGUACCCCCCACCAGAGUUCCAAUGGUAUAAGGACAGAAAAGCAGUAUCUGGACGCCACAGUCCACAUGCCCUGGUGCUCAAGGAGGUGACAGAGGCCAGUGCUGGCAUCUACACCCUCGCCCUGUGGAAUUCUGCAGCUGGCCUGAGGCGCAACAUCAGUCUGGAGCUGGUAGUGAAUGUGCCCCCCCACAUCCAUGAGAAGGAGGCCUCCUCCCCCAGCAUCUACUCCCGCCACAGCCGCCAGGCCCUCACCUGCACCGCCUACGGGGUGCCCCCACCUCUCAGUGUCCAGUGGCGCUGGCGACCCUGGACACCCUGCAAGACGUUUGCCCAGCGCAGCCUCUGGCGGCAGCAGCGGGACCUCAUGCCACAGUGCCACGACUGGAAGGAGGUGACCACACAGGAUGCCGUAAACCCCAUCGAGAGCCUGGACACCUGGAAUGAGUUUGUGGAAGGGAAGAAUAAGACUGUAAGCAAGCUGGUGAUCCAGGAUGCCAACGUGUCUGCCAUGUACAAGUGUGUGGUCUUCAACAAGGUGGGCCAGGAUGAGCGGCUCAUCUACUUCUAUGUGACCACCAUCCCCGACGGCUUCAGCAUCGAAUCCGAGCCCUCUGAGGAGCCCCUAGAGGGCCAGCCUGUGCGUCUGAGCUGCAGAGCAGACAACUACACUUACGAGCAUCUGCGCUGGUACCGCCUCAAUCUGUCCACGCUGCACGAUGCACAAGGGAACCCGCUGCUGCUUGACUGCAAGAACGUGCACCUGUUCGCCACCCCGCUGGCUGCCAGCCUAGAGGAGCCGGCUCCUGGGGCGCGCCACGCCACGCUCAGCCUGAACAUCCCCCACGUGGCACCGGAGCACGAGGGCGACUAUGUGUGCGAGGUGCAGGACAGGCGCAGCCACGACAAACACUGCCAUAAGAAGUACCUGUCAGUGCAGGCCUUAGAAGCCCCUCGGCUCACGCAGAACCUGACCGACCUCCUGGUGAACGUGAGUGACUCGCUGGAGAUGCGGUGCCUAGUAGCCGGAGGACACGUACCCAGCAUCGUGUGGUACAAAGACGAGAGGCUACUGCAGGAAGAGUCUGGAAUCGACCUGGCGGACUCAAACCAAAAGCUGAGCAUCCAGCGCGUGCGCGAGGAGGACGCGGGACGCUACCUGUGCAGCGUGUGCAAUGCCAAGGGCUGCGUCAACUCCUCGGCCAGCGUGGCAGUGGAAGGCUCCGAGGAUAAAGGCAGCAUGGAGAUCGUGAUCCUCGUCGGCACCGGCGUCAUCGCAGUAUUCUUCUGGUUGCUCCUCCUCCUCAUCUUCUGUAACUUGAGGAGGCCGGCGCACGCAGACAUCAAGACGGGCUACCUGUCCAUCAUCAUGGACCCCGGGGAGGUGCCUUUGGAAGAGCAGUGUGAAUACCUGGCCUAUGACCACAGCCAAUGGGAGUUCCCCCGGGAGCGGCUGCACCUCGGGAGAGUGCUCGGUCACGGCGCCUUCGGGAAAGUGGUAGAAGCCUCAGCUUUUGGCAUCAGCAAGGGCAGCGUCUGUGACACCGUGGCCGUGAAAAUGCUGAAAGAGGGAGCCACCGCCAGCGAGCACCGCGCCCUGAUGUCAGAGCUCAAAAUCCUAAUUCACAUCGGUAACCACCUCAACGUGGUCAAUCUCCUGGGGGCGUGCACCAAGCCCAACGGCCCCCUCAUGGUGAUCGUGGAGUUCUGCAAGUAUGGCAACCUUUCCAACUUCUUGCGCGCCAAGCGAGAGGCCUUCCACCCCUAUGCGAACUCACCGGAGAGGCGAAGGCGGUUCUGCGCCAUGGUGGAGGGCCCCAAGGAGGAUCAGAGGAGGCUGGAGAGCCCCGACAGAACCAUUCUCUCACGGUUCCUCGUGGGCAAGGGCGUAGCGGGGCGGGCUGCUCCCAACCAGGAAGCUGAGGACCUGUGGCUGAGCCCCCUGACCAUGGAAGACCUUAUCUGCUACAGCUUCCAGGUGGCCCGAGGGAUGGAGUUCCUGGCCUCACGAAAGUGCAUCCACAGAGACCUGGCUGCUCGCAACAUCUUGCUGUCUGAAAGCAAUGUGGUGAAGAUCUGUGACUUUGGCCUUGCCCGAGACAUCUACAAAGACCCUGACUAUGUCCGCAAGGGCAGCGCCCGGCUGCCCCUGAAGUGGAUGGCCCCUGAGAGCAUCUUUGACAAGGUGUAUACCACACAGAGCGACGUGUGGUCCUUUGGGGUGCUGCUAUGGGAGAUCUUCUCCCUAGGGGCCUCCCCAUACCCUGGGGUGCAGAUCAACGAGGAGUUCUGCCAGCGGCUGAAGGACGGCACCCGGAUGAGGGCCCCAGAGCUGGCCACUCCUGCCAUACGCCACGUCAUGCUGAGCUGCUGGUCUGGAGACCCCAAAGCGAGGCCUGCAUUCUCAGAGCUGGUGGAGAUCCUGGGGGAUCUGCUGCAGGUCGGGGACCAGCAGGAGGAAGAGGACCAUAUGGCCCUGUGUGACUCUCAGAGCUCAGAGGAAGGCAGCUUCCUGCAGGCAUCCACCACUGCCCUGCAUGUCACUGACACUGAUGCCGAUGACAGUCCUCCAAGCCUGCACUGUCACAGCCUGGCUGCCAGAUAUUACAAUUGUGUGUCCUUUCCUGGGUGCCUGGCCAGAGGGAUUCAGACCCAAGGUCCCUCCCGGAUGAAGACGUUUGAAGAAUUCCCCAUGACCCCAACAACCUACAAAGCCUCUGUGGACAACCAGACAGACAGUGGGAUGGUGCUGGCCUCAGAGGAGUUUGAACAGAUAGAGCACAGGCAACGACAAGGAGGCAGGUUCAGCUGUAAAGGACUUGAUGUGGAUGUGACCAGGGCACACCCUGACCCCCAAGGGAGGUGGCAGACGCCUGACCGGGGGGCCCAAGGAGGCCAGGUGUUUUACAACAGCGAGUACGGGGAGCUGUCCCAGCCAUGCAAGGAGGAUGACUACACCCCACCUGCCCGAGCGCCCUUCUUCACAGACAGCAGCUACUAAGGCAGCACUGGACCAGGGCCCUCUGCUCUCUGCUGACCCGGGGCUACAACAGUGGGGGGCCACAGCCCAGGCCAGCAGAGAGCUGGAGACCCAGGUUGGAAACUCAUCUCAUUUAGCUCUGGCCACAGAGGAGCUCCCACUUCCUUCUCCGCAGCCUCCCCAGCUAGGAGAGCAGGACUCCAGGCUCAGGGUACCACGUCUGCCCAGGGCCACCCUGCAGAGCCCUCCGGCCCCAUUUCCCUGUCAGACUCACAUGCCAUUAAGGUUGGUGCUCACAGGUGUGGCCCUGGGCUAGGUACCUGCACAGAAAAUGUCCCCUAGGUUACCUCCUUUCAGCACAACGAAUGGAUGGCAGCCACAAUCUCCCACCCCCACCCAAAACACUGCCCUGUCCACAGGCAAACACAGCUGCCCUCCCUGCUUUCUUCAUCACCACUCCCAAAAGGCUGAAGGGAGUUACUAUGUUUCCUUCUCAAAGCAACAAGUGAUGAAUCUGGAGGUUCCUUCCUUAGCCCACCCACAUAGCUAACUGUCCCAUGGGGCAGCCGUCUGUACAUGAUGGACUAGUUCCAGAAUAAAUCAGCAACCUUGACCCUGAGUGUUGAGAAGGACCCUUCAGUGGGUCUUUUUCAUUAGAACUUUGGAGACUAUUUCAGCUGCUGUGAACAGUUUCCUUUUCAAAAUUCAGUCUGAAAGGAGCCCAGGGACACUGUUACUAAAUCUAGACAAUUCUUGACCCCAGUCAGGGAUCAUCAGGGUAGACACUCACUGGAGAAGGCCCCCAGCCCUACCUGCCUGGCUCAGCAUUGGAAGAAUCAGGUGAUGGUCUAGAGCUGCCCUGCUUGGUUCUAUCAUCUGGGGCACCUGCCACAGUGGUUGUUGUGAGAUAAGCACUGAGUUCCACCAAGGAGGCCCUUAGGGCUGGCAAGAGGGCCUACCGGGCACUGUACAGUGCUACUCAGCAACUAGUGGGUGUUCUUGGGGUCCUGGCUGGCCCUGGCUCAUGCCUGACAUGGGUACCCUAGCAGGUCAAGCCUCUGCCCUCACAGGGGAACAGCCAGAGACCCCUCUAAAGGCUGAGGCCAUCCUGCCCAGGCCUCCCCCGACUAGGAGAAAGACCCUCCACCUGUUAGUUCCUGGAGACUGAACGCCCCCCCAAGCCCCAGCCCCACCCUGACAGACACCUGCAGGACAGGUGGCAGCAUGCUAGCAGGGGCUUGCUCAGCAGACUCCAGUGCAGUGUUAUUCCAUGUAGGUUCCAUGGAUAUAUGACUGUAAUCCUUGUCCCCUGGGUCCCGUCCCCUCCCUCUGCACUUCAUUUGGCUAUGGGACUUUCGUCUCAGGCCAUCCCUGUGGAAGUCCCGGACUGCUGUUGCACAGAGGACCCAAGUGGGGUGUGGAGGGUCCCGCCCUGCUGGCUUGCGGACCACUUUUGUCAUCUCUUCUCCUGUCAUGUAACUCACCCAAACAUGUACUGAGGAAGAAAAUCUACGCCUUUGUAGUAGAAAAUGUUCUCUGAAAAUAUCGAAUAUAUUUAACAAGAGAUAAUAAUAAAUUUGAU